AGAUAUUAUUAAAAUCUAUUAUUUUAAAUUGUCGAACAUAGUAUGUUAUAAUUUAUAAUAUUUCAAAAUGUCUUCAUCAAAGGAAUUAAUAAUCCUUUUUACAAUCGACUUUAUAAUGGUUUUAAUGACGAUUAUAGUUAGACAUUAUAAUGAUAUCUUGAAUUUUAUAACAACAAUCUGCAAUUUAUUUAACGACGGAAAAAUGCAAAAAAUGGAGGAUUUAGAGGAUAAAACGGAUGAUGAGUUUUUUGAUGCUGAAACCGGAAGUGAACUUCCAUGCAUUAAUAAAAAUGUGCCUAAUAAUAUUUUGGAACUAUUUCAAAAAAAUAACGAGAGCAACAAUUCUCAGGUGCAACGAUUGAGUAACCUAAACGCUCAAAUUAUGUUUAUAACAAAUCGUUUAGGAAAUAUCGAGGAUAAAUAUAAAAGAAAGAUAGAAAAACUGAAGAACCGGGUUGCAAUCCUUGAAAAAGAAGUAACGACAAACUCUGCUCACAUAAUCGCAAUAAAUUACAAUAAUAAAAUAAUAUCGGCAUCAAAAACGAGCUUGGGUAUGGGAGAUAGGGUUUGGAUAUAAGAAAACAACAUUAAACGAAACCCACAAAGCACAUCAACGUUGUCUUCGUUAAGAGGACGUUGUACCCGCUGUGUUAUCUCCGUCUUAUACACGUACGACAUAGCAAAUUUUUAUUCACCAGUUUUAAAAAUGUGCUGUUGGUUUUGAUGUUAGAGUGAAUUGACCUAUUAUACAAUUAAAAGUAAGAUUAUCUACAACAAAACAUUAAUUAUGAAAUAAAUAUUAUAUAUUUUAUACUUCAUAUUUAAA